AUGGACAGCGACGAUGAUUUCGGUCCUCUUGAGACCAGCGAAGUUAGGGAGCUGCGGACAAGGAUGGGCCCCAAAACGGCCAGUGGCGAUGAUAAAUCGUCCAGCGAAGAUGAAGCAACAUCGAUCAAGUCAGAGAGUGACGGCGAGGAAGUUGUGCUGCCCUGUGUAACCGAGCAUACAGAGCUUGACUCUGUAAAAUCUGAACCUGAAUCGCAAAGUGAUGAUAAUUCCGAUGAUGAUGAGAGAAGUGACCUAAUUUCCAGCUACGUCAGCGCCUCAAAGUCGAAACUGGAAUGUAGCGAUUCUUCAGAUGAAUCGCAGGAAUCGUCCGAUGAAUAUGAUGUAAAGUCUGAGGCCGAAACGGAAGAUGAGACAAAUCAGGCUAAGAAUGAAUUGGUUGAGGACAAGGAUCAAAAUAUGGAUAGUAUCGAUAUUGUCGCACGCGUGAAGAAAGGAGAUAAAUCAUCUGUAAACACAAAAAAGAAGGAAGCAAAGAAGCAGAAAUCGAAGAAGAACGACGCAGAAGGAGAGAAGGAGGUACAGGUAGAUCAACCCAGUUCUAGAAAAGAAAAAGAGCUUAUGUCGCUUGUUUUUGGUGGCAAAGCGGCAUUAGUUUCACAAUUAAACAGACAAGAGAGGAACAUAGCAAAAGAUAAACGUUCAACACAACCUGAAGAAGAUGUACGAACAACGGACGACAAAUCCAAAACAAAACGAGCGGCCAUUUGGCACGAUUCGGAUGAUGACGAUGAAGAGGAUUCGGCAAACAUCAAGCGAAACAAGUUCUCCCGUCUAGAAUUGCCGGAACAGGUAAAUAAAGAAAGACGUCGAAAACAGUUCGAACAGAUUGUUGGCAAACCAAAGUGGGCCGAUCUGGAUCGAGUGGUGGAGCCCGAUUCGGACGAUGAGAUCCUUCGAACGGUAGGGCACGUCCUUAAGGGAACACCUUCACAGGGACUGCCUAAUGGUAUGAUAGAGCUAAAAAAGUUAAAGAAUUUGAACCGCGAAACGAAAAACGAAGGAGAAAUUAGCUCCAUCAACUUCCAUCCAACAUCGAUGGUGGCGGUCAUAACCGGCAAACGUGGACUGGUGUCGAUCGUCGCAGUAGAUGGAGUGCGCAAUGAGAAGCUGCACACGCUCUGGUUACCGAAGAUGCGUGUCGUUUGCAGUAGUUUGUCGCCGGAUGGCGACGAAGCCGUGUUCGGCAGCUACCGUAAGUUCUUUCACGUUUACAAUCUGAUCAGCGGGCAGAGCUACACUCGCAAGAUACCCGAGCGGGCGACGUGGUUGAUGAAAAAUUUUCGAGUGUCGCAAUGUGGAAAGUAUCUGGCCUCCGUUGGAGAGUGCGGCGAGGUACAUCUCAUGAGCGCCAAGUCGAAAGAGAUGCUGCAAACGAUCCAGUUACGACAGGUGUGUUCGUCGCUAGCAUUUACGCCCGACUCAAAAUACCUGCUGUGUCACAGCAAUGAUACGGACGUGUCCGUAUUUAGCCUGGAGAAAAAGAGGAUAGUGAACAUGUUCAUAGACGAUGGCUGCGUGAAUGGAUCAUGCAUAGCCAUCUGCCCCAAUGGACAGUAUGUGGCUACAGGUAGUAGACAGGGCAUCGUUAAUAUCUACGCGGUGGAAGUUACGCUAACGCAGAAACAACCAGUACCACUGAAGACCUUUUCCAACUUGACCACUUACAUUGAUUCGCUUUCGUUCAAUGCGACAUCGGAGCUGCUGGUGAUUGCAUCGUCUACUAUUAAAAAUGCGGUUAAGCUAAUCCACGUUCGGAGUGGAACAGUGUUCCGAAAUUUUCCGCUAUAUAUGACACACCUAGGGCAUAUAACGGCGGCCCAAUUCUCUCCUGCUGGCGGAUAUCUGGCACUCGGAACAAAGCAAAGCACGGUUUUGUUGUAUAGAGUGAAACAUUAUCCAAAUUAUUAA